AGGUUAUUGAAAUACUUCAUAUUAAAUUGCGCCCAAUUCAGAAUACAUAUUCAUAUAUCCAGUAUUCGACAAUUGCAAACAAAAUGUGUGUGUCUGUGUAUACUAGAGUAAUAUUGGAAUGUUUGUAUAUAUAUUUGUUUGAUAUGGAAUAUCAAGAUAAAUAAUCAUAUGGAUUAAAAAAUGUGCCAGUGAACUGUAUAUUAGCUUUUUUGUUUCUAUGAAAUUGUACACGCCUAGUUGAACGAGUCAAGUGGUUGAUCUAAUUAAAAUUAAUUGGAACAAAUUCUACACCAUACUGGAGCUGUAUUAUAUACGUUACUGGAGCUAUAUUCCAACUGGAGUCUUAUAUAAUUAUAAAAUAAGAUGAUAAUGAUGUCUUAUGGUGUAAAAUAAAUCUAUAUUUACAGUUAUUGUUUACAACUGGUCGCGAGUAUUCAAAUAUUCAAAUGACUUAAAAGAUGAACUAAACAAAUAUAUAUUUAGAAACAUUGUAAAUAACCACCAACUAUUGUAGCAAACUAAAUGUAAGUCGUUGAGUAUAAAGUUAAAAAAAAAAAACAACAAAACAAAAUCGAAAAUGAAAAUUCAUUUAAGUAUUAAUCAUGUAUCUAAUGAUCGUAAAUGAUAUAAGCAGUGGAAUAAAGUCGAGUUGUUUAGAUUAACACUUGGAGUUUAUCUUCAAAUGUUGACUCGAUGGCAAAGAACGUGUCCACAAAGUUCGGUGACAGAAGGCUCGUUUAUUUACCACCAAUUAAUUUAAAGGCAAACAAAACACCAAAAGUUGACACAAUAGAAGCUCCUCGACAAGUACCUGACAGAUAUGGAAAUGCUCGUGUGGAGUCGGUGGUUCCGAAGGAAUACGCCUAUCAAGAUUUACCUGGAGGGAGAAGGAACGCGUGGCUAGGAGCCCCAGUGCGCUCAACCAUAGAAGGUAACAUAGUGUCGGAACAACCAAGGUUAGUGAGAGACCAGAUAUUUGACCAGCUGUACCAACAGGCCAGUACAAACACCAUGGUCAACUACGACCAAGGACAGUACCCUGUGAUACCACCGAUAGAGGGUUCACCACAUUACAUGCAGUAUACCAACGCAGCAAUACAACCUGUCAUUAAUCAACAACAGCAACAACCACCACCACCACCACAACAGACUGUACCAAAUCAAGAACUAGCCCCUCACAAUGUACCACCAUCCGGGCCACCACAGGAGAAACAUAUCUAUUACGGACCAAAUGGAGAGGUUCUUCCUGGGCCACCUUGCCGAAACCCAAGAGUAGCAGUACCUCUACAAGACUUUGCCUUUGAAGGAGUUUUAUACUUUGGAAGGUUAAGGCAAAUCAAUUUGAUUGAAAGUUCAUUAGGAUUUCCUAAAAUUCCUGAUUAUUUGGUAAAAGAGUUACUUGAAAAAUAUGGUCAAUUUGAACGGACAACUGUCCGAGUUGUUGCACGACAAGGUCGGUGUUUUGUUCAUGCUACUCCACAUAUUAGAAACAGUCCCCGAUUUCAACCGGAGUAUGUUCCUGUUUAUUUAGAUGAAGAUGAAGAAUUUGAUUAUGAUAAGUUUGUUGCGCAAUACAGGCAUGGAGGAAAUGCUUUCCGCAGACGACAACCUGGGCGGCGAGAUCGCGAAGAAAUAUUCCGACGAGAUACAGCAUAUUCUCCUGUUUUUCGACCAAGUACGGAUAACGCUUAUGAAAAUGGACGCUGGAGAAAGGAUGACGACCGGCUUUCUACUGCCGGAAGACGGACGGCGCCAACCAGGGGUGAACAGUGGGAUUACCGAAGUGGUAACAGACGAUGGUUGCAAACCAGGGACGAUAUAAAACCUAUUGAAAGGCUUGACAGGCGUCUAGCAAAAUGAUAUCACGAUUUUCAGUUUUGUCAAAGCAAACUGUGAGUUUACAGGUUGUGCAUACACAAAAAAAACCUUUUAAAAUUGGUUAAAACAGUGUAAUGUUUAAACAGUACUUUGUCGUGAAUGUCUUGCCACUUUUUGUAAUACUGUUAUACAUUUGUAUUUCUAUUCUAACUAGAGAAUGAUCAACUGUGAUAUUUAUUUAUUUAUUGUUGAUAUUUGGAGUGUUAUCAUGUUUAAUGUAUGUAAAAAUGUAUACUGAAUUUCCAAGUAAAAGUGGACCAGUGCCAUCAAAAUAUU